GUACCACAGAUUAUAGACGAUUUCAGUACGAUUAGCUUUUCAUCCACAGUGUUCUUUAAGAUGAUGUUUGGAGAAAUUGUGGAGCCUAGUACUAGAGCCCUGAUACUCGAUGCCGAUGAGCUGGAUGAAUUACCGGCAUAUAAAAACCCUAUAUAUGAAUGGCAAGGUGAUUCUCAACCACAACUGGACAUAGAUAAUCUGAUAUUCGCAGAUUCCCCUACAGUGCUACAAAUCUGUUCAUAUAUUACCAAAAAUAUCCAACCAGUUGCACAGAUUUUACAGGAAGGCUUAGCCAUCUACAAAUUGGACAGAAAUUAUUUAGUAGUUUUCAAUGGAAAGUCUAAAGAUUUAGUUGUGGGCCAGCUAGUUGAAGUAUUAGCUCCAUGGCUGCGGAAGGCCCAAAACAUUCAUGGCAUUACAAGCGUUCAAACAUCGCUUUUUCAGCCAUGGGAUGUAUAUAAAGGUUCACCACCAAUUACCUUUUCUAGAUGCCUUACGACUCAUCAAACUGUUCCAUACGAAUUUUGUAAAAGACUUGAAUCUCCGAAUCUAAUUCAAAGUUUUACAGCUAGUAUUUUGUCGUAUUGCACUCACAGCAAUCUACACGCUAGUUUAUGGAUUGUCUAUACAGACAAUGCCCCAUUAGAUUCAGAAAAUUCUGCUGAAUUAAUUAGGUUAUUUAGAACCCUAGGUAUUCAAAUGAAUGUAGAACUGAUACAAUCUCCCAUGAGUAGUAAUUUGUACUUGUAGAUAUAGAAACUGCAAAUAUCACAACCCGACUUUAUUGUGACCCUGUCAUUAUAUGUAAUAGUAUGCCCACUUAAAAUUAA